GGAGGGCAAAGGAGCAAUAUAAAACGUGGAAAGCAACACGUAACCUCUCCCCCGUAUUUACUUAGCACGGGGAGCCCAUCCUUCCCGUCGGAUCCCGCCCGCCCGCCUCCCCUGUCGCUCCCGCCCCGCGGCACGUCCACGCCGCGCGCGAUGGGCGAGACCCCGCGGACCCCGGCCCCCGAUAGGCCGCCGCCCCCCGUUCCCGUGCCCGAGCCGCCGCCGGCGUCGCCGCCUCCCGAGCCCGAUCUAUCGUCACCGCAGCCUUCGCCUUCGCCCUCGGCUUCGGCUCUGCCGUUUCUGGAGUCGGCGCCUUCGACGCCGCGCGAGGAGUACCACACGCCGCCGCCGUCGCUGGACGAGGCGCGGGACGAAGCGCUGGUGCCUCAGCAAGGGGAGGGCGUCAACGGGGGAUCGGGAGCCGCCGCCAAGAGCCCGCAGCUCUCGCCGGUGCGGCUCCACCCAUCGUCCUACCGCUCGCUGCCGCCGGCGCAGGGCUCUCCCACCGUCGACGGUGAAGAUGGCGCCGCGACGGCGGCGCUGGCACCGGGACGCCUUUUGCCCCCUCCGAAGCUUCACCUGGCGAUUGACCGUCUCGUCCGGACGCCGUCCCCGUCCCCGUCGCCUACACCGCCGUCGCCACUGAUUCCCGCGGCCGGAACCGUGUCCACGCCCACGCCCACGCCCAAAAGCAAGAGCGGGCAGACCACGCCGAAGCACGCGAAGGCGUUGAAGCCGCCGGCUCCGCCCGUCGCGACGGCGAUCACGAUGCCGAUCGACCCGAAGGAGGAGGCCAUCACGUCGCCUCUGCAAAGCAAGACCGCCAAGCUCGACCACCUGCCAGGGGCGGCAGGGAACGGGAUGCCCGCAGGGGAGGUGCCGCCAGAGGUGGCGGCCGUGGCCGCCGUCGGGGAGAGGAGGACGACGUCGGCGACGCUGCGAGUGGCCACGGCGGUGCUCAGCCUGGUGUCAUUCUCGCUCAUGGCCAGCGCGCGGACGUCCGGGUGGGACGGCGACCGCUACGGCCGCUACGAGCAGUACAGGUACGCCGUCGGGGUGAACGUGGUCGUCUGCAUCUACUCGAUCGCGCAGGCUGUCGGCGAGAUCCGCCGCCUUGUUUCGCCAAGGUUUAUUUUCAGGAGCAUGUCGAGCUACUACUUCAGUCUCUUCCUGGAUCAGGUGCUGGCGUAUAUGCUCAUGUCGGCCUCGUCGGCGGCUGCGUCGCGCAACGAUCUGUGGGUGUCCAGGUUCGGCAAGGAUCCGUUCAACAAGAAGAUCAGCAGCGCGGUGUGGUUUUCCUUCAUUGCGUUCAUCGGGCUUGCUACCAACUCCCUCAUCUCCACGGCUAAUCUCUUCAGCAUGAUCUGAUACGCACGGUCAUAUCUCAAGCUGAUUGAAGAUGCUACUAGUUUCCAUCGUGUAAAUUUUGCGCCAAAAUAUACAGUAUACAACCGUCUAGGAUCAUGAUCAGGAAUUCAUUUGCGCACGAACAAUAAAAUGUAGGAUAAAAUGGGUUAGUUCUGUAAAGUACAUUACAUUCAUAUGUAAUCUCGUGAUUAUCUGUAAUAUCUAAGAUAGCACAGGAUCUAAGAUGUUGCUUUUGUAUGAAAAAAGAAACAAUUGACCAUCAUUUCCUAUAUUGUCAUUUUUCUAGAUUUCUUUGGAGAUCAAUUCAAUUCUCAUUUAGAUUAUAC